AAUUCCGAACAUUACUAGUAAAAAUAACAAUACGACGACUCAUUAAUGGUCAUUUUCUGGGGGUUUAGUCUUAAAGAGGAAGCAGGCGUUCAGGUGUUUUGUUGUUAAUCCGCGAACCGCCGAAAAUGCAGCUUAAAGCUUUGCUAACAGGCUAAGUAGUUAACUACUUGGAUGGUUGAAGAGCAAUCAGAGGAAGUCUCAGUGUUCGUAUGAGAUUUUAACAGGUUUUCGGUUGAAUAUUCAUUCAAACGUUUUUUCCCCAUUUCCUUUUCCCGAUCUGCUCGCCAUCUGUAUGUAUGUAAUGCCAUGGAUCUGUGGAAGACAUGCUGGAUGCUGAGAAUAAACGUCUGGCUGAGAACCUGGCCACCAAAGUCUCCAGGCUGAAAUCUCUGGCGUAUGAUAUUGACAGAGAUGCUGAAGACCAAAAUGAGUAUUUGGAUGGCAUGGACUCAAACUUCCUGAGUGCGACGGGCCUGCUGAGCGGCAGUGUCAAGCGUUUCUCCACUGUGAUUCGCUCCAGUCGGGACAACCGCCGCAUUCUCUGCUACGCCUCUGUGGGCCUGGUGCUGAUCUUCUUCUUGCUCUACUACCUGGUCACCAGGAUACAGCGUUGAUGUCCUAGGCUGUAUCAGUCGGCAUCACCGUACUCAUGAUGCAGAACUGAGCCAGAAGUUGAAAACUGGAACAUCAUGUCUGAUAGACUUUGAUCAAAAACAGGAAAUGGAUGGGAUGCAAAGUGUUGAUAUGACCAGCAGGUGGUGUCAGAGCAGCUCGGAACCAAACACUGAUGUGGAUCAAACACUUAAAGGGUCACACAGGGUCAUCCUGUAUAUGGGUGUAUCCAUAUGGGUGUAUCCAUAUGGGUGUAUCCAUCAUAAGAGCAGUGAAAUAAUACCAGGUUAAUGUGGAGGAAAAAGUGAAAAAAAUGAAUUUCAUAAAGCCUCAGCUACUGAAACGUUCUUCUCCUGAAGUGAUACAAUGCUAAAUAACUCCAAAUUUGACUUUGGUGGUGAAUAGAAGUAACAAUUACAUAUUUGGAAAAAGGAGACCUACAUAUCUAACUCACAAACACUGUAGCAAUUGUUAGCUUACAAAACAGUUUAACUGCAAUUGGCAGAAGACUGUUAUUGGUACAAUGUUAUUGUUUUCUUCCUCUGUUCUUUUCAUAAACUGUAUUUAACAUUUUCUGUUCUUGCCGACAUUCAGUGUAUUCAGUGAGUAUUUCCAGGAAAUAAUUAUGAAUUCCAUUCAGCUUUAGGUUAACUUACUUUAUACCAUUAUUUUUUAUGCAUGCAAUAAAUAGUUUUAAUGCUGA